AUGCAAAGCUUGAGCCAAAAUUCGAAUAUGUUGCAGAGCAUUGUUGGCGUAUUCCUGCAGUCCAUGCACACACCUCAAAAGGUUAUCAAUACACUAUCAAGAAUGAGUGUCAGUGUGUCUGUCAACACAAUAAACACAGCUGUACUGUCAUUAUCUGCAGAAUUCCAUUGUGCUAUUCAUGCCCUUGUACACACUGUCAGUGAAUCUGAAGACAUGCUGGUACACCUCACCUCUGGUUUGCUAUUUCCACUGCAGCAUGGUGUCACAUGCAAAGACUUAUGGUGCUCAAUGACACUGUGGGAAAAGUCUCCCCUCAACCUGGAGCUCAAUUUAUCAACUGACUUACUGUGGUUGCAUCUAGACUCCUUGAAUGCAGCUGGUUUGUCUCAUGGAGACUGCUUUAACUCAUCGAAAAUGCUUUCUGACCUAAUCAAUCACAGUCCUCUAUACUUUCAUCAGUUCAAGGACCAACUUGGCUAUCCAGAGAGAGUUGAUUCUAUCCCUGUCAUAAAGACACCCAUUCUCACAGCACAUGCUAUGCAUCUUAGCAAUUCCACAGUAUCUGAAAAUAUAAGUAUUGAGGAUCCAGAUGAGAUGGAUGAUCCAGACAUACUGUCAUAUCCUGCAUUCCAGACCUACAUCUGA